AUGGAGUUCACGGCGUCGCCCAAGCCCCAGCUCUCCUCUCGAGCCAAUGCCUUCUCCAUCGCCGCGCUCAUGUCCAGCGGCGGCCCCAAGGAGAAGGAGGCAGCAGAAAACACCAUCAAACCCCUGGAACAAUUCGUGGAGAAGUCGUCCUGCGCCCAGCCCCUGGGUGAGCUCACCAGCCUGGAUGCUCACGCGGAGUUCGGCAGCGGGGGCGGCAGCCCUUCCUCAUCCUCUCUCUGCACAGAGCCACUGAUCCCCACCACCCCCAUCAUCCCCAGCGAGGAGAUGGCUAAAAUCGCCUGCAGCUUGGAAACGAAGGAGCUCUGGGACAAAUUCCAUGAACUGGGCACGGAGAUGAUCAUCACCAAGUCGGGAAGGAGGAUGUUCCCGACCAUCCGCGUGUCAUUUUCCGGAGUGGAUCCUGAGGCCAAGUACAUAGUCCUGAUGGACAUCGUCCCGGUGGACAACAAGAGGUAUCGGUAUGCCUACCACCGGUCCUCAUGGCUGGUAGCCGGCAAGGCUGACCCUCCCUUGCCAGCCAGGCUCUAUGUGCACCCAGACUCCCCCUUUACUGGUGAGCAGCUCCUCAAACAGAUGGUGUCUUUUGAAAAGGUGAAACUCACCAACAACGAACUCGAUCAACAUGGCCAUAUAAUUUUGAAUUCAAUGCAUAAGUACCAGCCGCGGGUGCACAUCAUAAAGAAGAAGGACCACACAGCUUCCCUGCUUAAUCUGAAGUCGGAAGAAUUCAGAACAUUCAUCUUUCCAGAGACAGUCUUCACAGCGGUCACGGCCUACCAGAACCAGCUGAUAACCAAGCUGAAAAUAGACAGCAAUCCAUUUGCCAAAGGAUUCCGGGACUCCUCCAGGCUCACUGACAUUGAGAGGGAGAGUGUGGAGAGCCUUAUCCAGAAGCAUUCCUAUGCCCGCUCACCCAUCCGCACCUAUGGAGAAGAGGACGUGCUGGGGGAGGAGAGCCAAACAACUCCAAAUCGAGGAUCAGCCUUUACAACAUCUGACAAUUUGUCUCUCAGUUCCUGGGUGUCAUCGUCUUCCAGUUUCCCCGGAUUUCAGCAUCCACAGACCCUGACUGCUCUUGGCACUAGCACAGCGUCCAUAGCGACACCCAUUCCUCACCCUAUACAGGGUUCUCUGCCACCGUAUAGCCGCCUGGGAAUGCCUCUGACCCCAUCUGCUAUUGCCAGCUCCAUGCAGGGAAGUGGUCCCACAUUCCCUUCGUUCCACAUGCCUCGAUACCAUCACUACUUUCAGCAGGGGCCCUAUGCAGCCAUCCAAGGACUACGCCACUCCUCUGCGGUGAUGACACCAUUUGUAUGACUCUUCUGAGAGUGGGGGAAGCUAGAUCCAGGAUGUGCAAAUGGGUAUGAAAACAUAGGAGAUUGAUGGGUGGGUGGGAGGUGGGGUAUUGGAGCAGGGGCUCUCCAGGAAAUACAGGACUCAUUAAA